GCCGCCCCGCGCGGGGCAUGAAGUUGCGGCGGCGGCAGCGCGGCGGGCGGAGCGGGGCGGGCGGCCCCGACCGCGCCUCCUCUGCGGGGCCGUAGUCCGGGGCGGGCUCGCCGCGCCUGGCUGAACGGUGCCGCUGCUCGCCAGCCCUCCCGCUCCGCUCGCCGUCGCGGUCUGUGGCCAGCGCAGCCGGUCGGGGCGCUCCCCGCGAUGUGCGCGCAGCGGCGGGCGGCCGCCGGCCCGCUCCCAUAGCCCUGCCGGCAGCGCGGCGGCUGGCGGGGCCCAUCGGGAAGUUUGAUGGCUUCUUUGAGGAGAGUCAAAGUGCUGCUGGUAUUAAACCUGAUCGCCGUGGCUGGCUUCGUCCUCUUCCUGGCCAAGUGCAGACCCAUCACGACCAAGAGCGGCGACUCCUUCCAUGACAUCCAUCCCAGGGCAGAAGUGGCCAACUUGACAGCCCACGGCAUCAGCUCCAUCCAGGAUGCAGUGCUGAAGAGGCUCUCGCUCCUAGAAGACAUAGUCUACAGGCAGCUGAAUGGUCUGUCCAAGUCCCUUGGUCUCAUUGAGGGCUAUGGUGGCCGUGGCAAGGGUGGCCUCCCAGCCACCCUGUCCCCUGAGGAGGAGGAGAAAGCCAAGGGACCCCAUGAGAAGUAUGGCUACAACUCCUACCUCAGUGAGAAGAUUUCCCUGGAUCGUUCCAUCCCGGAUUAUCGCCCAACCAAAUGCAAAGAGCUGAAAUAUGGGAAGGACCUGCCCCAGAUCUCCAUCAUCUUCAUCUUUGUGAACGAGGCGCUGUCGGUGAUCCUGCGCUCGGUGCACAGCGCUGUGAACCACACCCCUGCACACCUGCUCAAGGAGAUCAUCCUGGUGGAUGACAACAGUGAUGAGGAGGAGCUGAAGGCACCGCUGGAGGAGUAUGUGAACAAGCGCUACCCGGGGCUGGUGAAGGUGGUGAGGAACCAGAAGAGGGAAGGGCUGAUCCGGGCCCGCAUCGAGGGCUGGAAAGCUGCCACGGGCCAGGUCACCGGAUUCUUUGAUGCCCACGUGGAGUUCACUGCUGGCUGGGCGGAGCCGGUGCUCUCCCGGAUCCAGGAGAACAGGAAGAGGGUGAUCCUGCCCUCCAUCGACAACAUCAAGCAGGACAACUUCGAGGUGCAGCGCUACGAGAACUCGGCCCACGGCUACAGCUGGGAGCUGUGGUGCAUGUACAUCAGCCCCCCCAAGGACUGGUGGGACGCUGGGGACCCCUCCCUGCCCAUCAGGACCCCUGCCAUGAUCGGCUGCUCCUUCGUGGUCAACAGGAAAUUCUUUGGGGAGAUUGGGCUGCUGGACCCCGGCAUGGACGUGUAUGGAGGGGAGAACAUCGAGCUGGGCAUCAAGGUGUGGCUGUGUGGGGGCAGCAUGGAGGUGCUGCCCUGCUCCAGGGUGGCGCACAUCGAGCGCAAGAAGAAGCCCUACAACAACAACAUCGGCUUCUACACCAAGCGCAACGCGCUGCGCGUGGCCGAGGUCUGGAUGGACGACUACAAGUGGCACGUCUACAUCGCCUGGAACCUGCCCCUGGAGAAUCCAGGGAUUGACAUUGGGGAUGUUUCCGAGAGGAAAGCCUUGAGGAAGAGCCUGAAGUGUAAAAAUUUCCAGUGGUACCUGGACCAUGUUUAUCCAGAAAUGAGGAGAUACAACAACACCAUUGCUUAUGGAGAGCUGCGGAACAACAAGGCCAAGGACGUGUGUCUGGACCAGGGCCCGCAGGAGAACCACACAGCAAUUCUGUACCCGUGCCAUGGCUGGGGCCCACAGCUGGCCAGGUACACCAAGGAGGGGUUCCUGCACCUGGGGGCCCUGGGCACCACCACGCUGCUGCCCGACACGCGCUGCCUGGUGGACACGGGCAAGAGCCGCUUCCCGCAGCUGCUGGACUGUGACAAGGUCAAGAGCAGCCUCCACAAGCGCUGGAACUUCAUCCAGAACGGAGCCAUCCUGAACAAGGGCACGGGGCGGUGCCUGGAGGUGGAGAACAGGGGCAUGGCUGGCAUUGACCUGAUCCUUCGCAGCUGCACAGGGCAGAGGUGGACAAUUAAAAACUUCAUCAAAUAGAGGCUGAAAGAGACAGGGGAGUGUGACUUGAGCCACAGCUGAUGAGGACUGAUCCACCUGGACUCCUUUGGAAAGGAUGGAAUAUCAACCAGAGCUUUAUUCGUGUUCCUACGAGAGAACCUGGGGGAAAUGGGCAUUUGUGGCUUUAUUUUACCAUUUGUGAGUCUCCCCCAGCUGAUCCCAGCUGUGUGGAGCUGGCUCAGAACUGCUGUUCCCUCUGGCCAGCCCUCCAAGAGGUGCCACAUUCCCUGCUGGAGUGGCUGUCACGAGCUGGGGCAGUCUGGGAGCAUUUACUUACAGGGAAUUUCUGUUUUCCCACACAUCUCCAAGCUCUCCCAAGGGGCUGGGGAGGUUUGCACCACAACCCUGGACAGACCUGCCUGGCAAGUGUGGAAACUGAGGAGCUUGGGAGAGGAAAAGGUUUUCCAAGCCCCAAAGGAGCCGAGUUUGAAGGAUGUGAUGUUUUGCUGGCUCCUUGUUCCCUUUUCCCUUUCGUGCCCCUGCAUCCAGCAGCCCCUUCCCUGAGUUUUGGAGAAGCAAAACAUGCCCAGCAGCUCCCAGUGCACCUUUCCAACCCUUAAUCACAGAAGUUGCCCAAAAAAAUGCAGUGGAAUAAACCCCCUGACCUCCCCUUGCCCCGCUCUCCAUCACCCAAUGCUGCUGGCGAAAGCAGCACCUCCCUUUGGGGAGCCCAAAGGGGCUCCCCUUGGAAUGACCUGGGGUGUCUGCCUGCCCUUCUGGGUGACAGCAGGAAUGUUCUCUGAGGCUUGAGCACCCCUGUCUUAGUCAGGCCUGGCCAAGGUCCCCCCAAGUCACUGCAGCUCUUCCUGACCUGUGGAAGAGACAGGGAGGGAGGCCAAGGCACCAACAAAUAACAGCUUGGCCCUGAAGUCACUUCAGGCUUGUUAUUCUGGUGGAGGGAUCUCAUCUGAGAUUAUUACCUGAUUAUUACCUGAUUAUUACCUGAUUUAUUUUUGGCUCACAGUAAUCCUGGCUACCAAAUCUUGGCUAUCAAAUCCACCUGGGAAACCUCUGCUUGGGGUCCUGACAUGUGGCUACCUGGAAAAGGGAAAUACAAUCCUGCAGAAUUGUUGCUGCACGUGGAUGGACACAGGCUCUGCUCAGCAGGGAGGAGAAACCAGCCCAUCUCCUGUCCUUCUCCCAGAAUAAUCCUCUUUGUGGCUGCCCUCUGGCUAGGGUACACUAAAAUAGAUUAAUAUAUGAGAUGUAUGUGUAAAUAUGUUUCCCAAGCUGGGAUGUGCACAGAGUCCUUUGCUGCAGAGCACUCAUGCCUGUCUUCCAUUUGCAUCAGGAUGAAGCUCCCUGGAUGUUGAACGAGCUGAAUUUCCAAUGCCAUGCAGCAGGUUUAUAACUGAUGUUUUAGUAAUUUAUUGAACAGAAGCAGAUCUAUUUCAUUGUUCCUUCUACAGCAACGAGCAUCACCUAGAACUGAUUAUUCAUUUAGGCUUUACAAGACUCCCUCAAUCACUGGGGCUGUCUCUGAUUUUUCCCCUGCCUUCCUUAAUGAAGUAAAACCUCUUAGUUGUCCUGACUUGCAGAGUAGAGAGUCAAUGUAGAAUUUUGCUCUCUUUUUCGCUGUUGCAUCAUCUCUUGUGUAAUAAAUUUGAGCACUUCCAAACCCAAUAUGACCACAAGUCUGUGGGUGCAUGAGCCAGCUCCCCUUGCCUUUGCUGCUGCCUUCUAAGAGAAACAAUUUCCUGGUGGCUUCAGGAAACCCUGAGGGCUUUGAGACCCCACAGCUCUUGUCCAACUGGUGAAACGCCAGUAAAACCCUUAAACUGAGCAAAUACUGGAGAGGUGAGCCUGUGUGGGUCAGGAUGAGCAGCCACACAGCCCCUGGAUGUUGCCUGUGCUGUAAUUCAGCCCAGCUCGAGCCCUGCCAGUGCCCAGGGUGGCAGCAGAUGGCUUUUGUCACAUGUCACAGUGGUGGGGCGAGAUGCAGGGCUGGAUGUGAAGUGUGGCUGCUCCCUGGCUCCAUCCUGGCUGUGCUGAGCCCCUGGGCUCCGUCCCAGUCCCUGGCUCUGUCCCGGCCCCUGCCUGUCCCUGGUCCCUCUGGGAUGGCCGCGUGUCCCCGGUGCCACUGCAGUCCCCAUGCCAGGUGGCACAGGGCAGCCGGGGCAUGAGGAUCCUGCUGCUGCUGACUCUGGGAUCCUUUGGAAGGUUCAGGCUCAGAGCUGCCUUUCCUUCGUGCUCCAGAAGGAAAAGCAGCCCCUGACCGAGCACAAGGAAGGUGGAGAUGAACCCUGAGCUCAGGACCUUCAGCUGGGGCAGAGCCCCCAGAAGGGGUUGGCCCCUUCUCCCCGCUCCACCAGCUGCAGCGUCCAAACGACUGGAAACAGGAGCAAAAUCAGGCUGAAGAGUGGGAAUUUCCUCUGCUGUUCUGUCCUGACACCGUUUGUGACUGCAGAGUGACCCCGGGGCUGCACCCCCACCCCGGAGAAAUCUGAGAUCUGGGUCUCGUUGUUGCAUCUCGCUUAUCUCUAAUCAUCUGUUAAUUGCUUUAAGAAGUGAUCUCCAAGUUAGUCUUAUUAAAUAUCUGAUUUGA